GUGGGAUUUCAACAUGGAGCGCUUGCUGAGGAAGUCCAGUGUUGUGUCCUAUCUUAUGUAGCCGUGUCGCUAAAGGACGUAGUAAAGUUACGCGCUGGUUUUCUGUGCCGAUCCGCCCCUGGUGCUGUGUGACAUGGGGCUGCUCGGCGUGGCCCGGGCGGCGCUGACCUCCGGCGGCUGGCUCGGUGUUCAUGUGCGCCGUGCGGGCUCGUACACCGGGCGGCGUGUGUGUGUGCCGCUCCCCGGGGCUUCCCAUCCAGCAGGGAGCCGCGUCAGGACGUACAGCCAGCGGACGGGCGGCAGCGCUGCGGGACAGUUCCGCUGCUACAACCUCCUUCACCGGACCUUGUUGAAAAUCCGCGGCCGGGACACGAGCUCGUUCCUGCAGGGCAUCAUCACCAACGACGUGGAUCUCUUCCAGGAGGCUGAACACACGGCUCUGUACUCACACAUGCUCAACGUGCAGGGGAGGACACUGUACGACAUCAUGUUGUACAGACUGAAAGAAGAAGAAGAAGAGGCAGGCUGGGGCGUUCUCCUCGAGUGUGACAGCGCAGUAAAGGACUCAAUCCUGAAACAUUUGAAGGUGUACAAGAUCCGACGGAAGGUAAACAUAAGCCCCUGCCCAGAGCUGGCUGUGUGGGCGCUGCUUCCCCAGCAGAAGACCCCGGCUCAAGAGGGGGCUAAACCUGAUAUCUCCUCCCCAGAAAAGGCUUUGAUAUUGGAGGCUGAUCCUCGCACCGAUACCAUGGGCUGGAGGCUGGUGUUGGACAGCCAGGUUGACCCCUUGGAUAUCAUUGCAUCGUGCCAGCAAGGUGACAUCGAGGACUAUCACAAACACCGCUAUGCAAUAGGACUUCCUGAAGGUGUGAAGGACCUUCCUCCUGGGGUGGCACUCCCGCUAGAGUCCAAUCUGGUCUUCAUGCAGGGCAUCAGCUUUAGUAAGGGCUGUUACAUCGGCCAGGAGCUUACAGCCAGGACUCAUCACACCGGCGUGAUUCGGAAACGCCUGAUGCCUGUGCGCUCGUCCGCUCCAGUCGAACACCUGGAGGAUGGCGCUUCGCUGCACACCGAGUCUGGCAAACCAGCGGGGAAACACAGGGCAGGUGUCGGCGAGUUCGGUCUGAGCCUAAUCCGCAUCGCUCAUGCCAACGAGGUGCUGACGGUCAAAUCUUCUGACGAUAGCACAGUAACACUCCAGGCUUCUCUGCCACACUGGUGGCCUAAAGACUUGAAGUGAAAAGUGUGAUGUUUUAUUGUUCCCAGAAAUGUGACCUACAUCACAAAUGGCUGACCUCUAGUAGAGAGGCUCCCGAGGCAUGUUACACUGUCACUGCCUUUUCCUGGUGUGUUGCACUAAUGCAUAUUUGAGAAUGUUCCCACUGUUGAUUUGUUUGCAGUAAAAAUGUUCCUUGACACUAUUUAUCUCCAAAUUGUAAAUUUCCAUCCACUUCAGCAGUAUGCUAUUACUACAGAGCUAUUAAACAUGAUAUAUAGCUGUAUUGUUAAAUAAAUAUGGAUAAACAAUCCAAAAAAAAA